AUGGGGAAUGCCCAACCCUGGUCUUCUGCACAGACAUCCUCUUUCCAGGCUGCUCGUCAGUCUCGCCAUUCGGCCUGCCUCAGGCCCGUUAGCCAGUUGACCUUCUGUCCCGAAGCCAUGGCCGCGCCUCUCAGAUCUCCUACUACUGCUGGCCUUCAUUCAGGUAAGCCAUUUCACUCUCGUCUUUUGACUCUUGUUAAGGUAGACGAUUAA